AUGGAAGAAUGCAAUAGCAAAUUUACAACCGAUGUUUACUAUCCGGUCAUUAUUAUCGGAGCUGGGAUAUCUGGUAUUGCCUUGGCGUGUCAACUGCAACGCAAAUUUGGGUGCAACCAGUUUAUGAUCUUCGAAAGUCAGGACGGGAUUGGGGGUACCUGGUGGAACCAUCGUUAUCCUGGGGUGGCCACUGACUCACCUUCGCCACUUUAUUCCUACUCUUUUGCUCCCACGCCGAGUUUUGCAGGUCCCAGGGCGACCGGCAAGGAGAUGUAUCAGUAUCUAUGUACAGUUUGUACUCAGUAUGGCAUUCACGACCGAAUUCAACUCAAUACCGCGAUCACUGAUCUUAUCUGGGAUCAAAGUGAACAGCAAUGGAUUGCCACUGCGGUCACAGGGAAAGAGCGAGCGCGACUCCGUGCAAAGAUUGUCAUCAGCGCAGUGGGCAAGCUUGGGACUCCCGACAUAUCGAUACUGCAUUCUGUCCCAGGCAUAGACACGUUCCGUGGUCGCAUAAUGCAUACCGCGCAGUGGGAUAGUUUUGUGACACUGCGUGAAAAAGAUAUCACGGUCAUAGGUGCUGGGUGUACUGCCGCGCAGCUUGUGCCGCAUCUGCUCACGUCGAGCGAGAUCCAGCCGAGAUCUGUCGCGCAAAUCAUCCGAUCCCCUCAUUGGGUCAUUCCAGAUCCAUACUCGGGGAAAAUGCGCUCCUUGUGGGACCUCUGCAUGCCUAUAAUUGUCAGUUGCAGGCUAGGCGCCUGGAUGGCGCGCCUGGUGAUUUUCGUACUCUACGAGCUGUUUUACUUUCUGUUCCUCCGGCGCUAUUUGGACGAAAAUCAGUUGCCGAAGCGGCUUCAGCAAAGACUUACAAGCUACAUUGAUCGGAAGGUCCCAGAUAAGUAUAAAAGCAUGCUCACGCCGAGAUACGCCGUUGGAUGUAAGAGGGUGAUUCUUGACCCUGGCUGUUAUGACACGCUCAAAGACCCGAAAUUCGGCCUUCACAAUUCACGGUUGAAACGGUUCGAGAAAGAUUGUUUAGUCCUCGAUAAUGGCAAAAACGAAACUAGAAUUCCCACUGAUGUUUUGCUGCUCGCCACGGGGUACAGCCCAACCUCAAACUUCCUCUCAUCCAUCAGCGUGACCGGUCGAGAUGGAAUCAACCUCCAGAAGAUAUGGAAUGAUCGGGGAGGACCUCAAGCAUAUCUGGGACUUGCGAUGGAUCACUUUCCCAACCUCUUUUUUAUAUUUGGACCAAAUUCAUCAGUUAGCCACGGGAGUGUGAUGGCCGGCAUCGAAAACACCGUGUUCCUCAUCACGCAACUUCUUACCCCUGUGCUUGAAGGUCACUUUACAGUCUUGGAGAUCAAGAAGGAUGCAUGUGAUGCCUGGACUCAGAAAGUUCAGCUAGCAUCGAAAGACUCCAUUUGG